GUUCGUCAACCACCGAUCAUCACUCGCUUCCUCUCAGAAGAUCUAGUCGAUCGUAAUGAAGUUAAGUUUGAAAAGCGUGGCGGCUUUAAACUUCCAUGCGCGGCGUCUGGCACAAAUCUGACAUGGACUUGGAAGCACAAUGGAACUAUAAACACUAACACACGUGGAAUUCCGUAUUUGCUGAGCGAAGAUGGCACUUUAAAAGGGAAUUACCUGUCAACUGAACACAGCGGAACGUAUCAGUGUCUGGUGAGAGACCAGAUAACAGGCAUUGAAGUUUUUAGCAGGAGACUGCAAGUUGCAGUCACAGGUAAAAUUGCAAACUUUUAA